GCGCUCAUUCAGUUCGGUUGAGUUCUGUGCAAACGUUCGCGGUGAUACGACCAAGCAAAGCCAAAGCUUCUUAGGGCACUGGCUAUUGUGAUAGCAGAGCCACUACUGUCAAAUUUUUAUACAUUUUUAAGAGGCCAUCAAAAUGUGGAUUUCGAAUCAGCCCCCUACACAUCCGCGACAAUUUUAUUUGGGCGUACUAUUGAUUACGAUUUGCGCGGCGCUUUCUGAAAACGUUUGUGCAUUGCCCACAGAUCAAUCGUAUGUUGAAAACACGCAUCGGCAGGACGGCGGAGCAAUGCAAACAUUACAAAAAAGGCCCGCCUUCUUUGUAGGAAGUCGCUAUGGGCGAUCCAGUGGCAAUGAUGUCGAUGGCGGGGGGGCGUCUAGCGUGGGCAGCUCUAAAACGCGACGUCUCAUUAUUGUACCACGAAAUGAUCGUUUUUUUCUGGGCUCUCGAUAUGGAAAACGAAACGGCGAGUUCUUGUCCCCCUACGAACAGAACAGCCUGGACUCGUUGCGCGAUAAGGAGAAACAGACAACAAACACCGACAGCAGAUUACGGACAUCCCUUAUGUCGUGCGUCUACACAGGCAUAACCAAUUACUAUCGUUGUAAAGGCAAUGACCUUCACUACGACGUUGAAGAAAGUCUCGACACCACGAGCUUGGCAGGUGAUGCAAACAACGCUAUAAACUAAGAAAGGAAUUACAAAAGAAUAAA